AUGGAAGCGGUGUAUCGGUCUACGUGCCGAGCACAAGUCACUAAAUUGUGCAACAGCGUAAGCGAAUAUUUUAAAUCGUUUAAAAAUGCUAAAUUGGCAGACCAUAGCGAUCCAUCAAGUGUCGAGUCCGAGCUGAUUGUUUUAUUAGAAAGGCUCAAAAACGCGCAUUCAAAUCUAAAAGCUGCAGAUGAAGCCAUGAAAGUCUUUGUCAAACAAGACGAUUUUGCGAAGGAAUGCGAUACCAUAAUUGAAUACGAUGAUAAGGCGGUAACCACUUUAGCUCAGUUGGAGCAUUUUAUUCGGGUUAAUUUCAAAACACGUGCUGAAGCAUCAAAUAACUCCUAUGAAGGCGCAGGGCAGGAUGUAGCGACAGAGGGAAAUAGUGGCUAUAGUGCGUUAGUAGGCAAGGCCGCUGCUUCCAUAGCCGGUUUUACACCCACCGAAAAGUGUUACAGCGAAGCCAUAUUUCUCUUGCAAGAAGAAUAUGGAAACAAUGAAAAAAUCGUGGAGAAAUUUGUUCAGAAAUUAAUGAAUAUUAGAACGGUGCAGUCAACAGCAGAUAUAUAUGGAUUACGGCAACUGUACAACGAAGUUACUUCGACUAUGCGAUCGCUUGUAGCAUUUCACAUAUCAUCGGCUCAGUACGAUAUAAUGGUAAAAUCAAUUUUGUUGAAAUCUAUACCAACAACAUUGCGUGUGCAAUUUUACCGUUCAUUUGAAAGGAACGCAGCUUGCAGUACAAUACUAAAUUCCAGCAUUGAUACAGUUAAGGAGAGCACAAGUAACGGAACAGAAAAUGAUCAGCUAAAUAAACUUCUGAAAUUUUUAAAGACCGAAAUAGAAGCCUUAGAAAAGGCGCAAAUGUCUGAGCGAGACAAAAAAUUUAAUGUGAAGGAAAGAAGAGAAACACGGUUUCGAGAAGGAGGUACUGCAGCGGGACUCUUCGUAGGCAACAGGCAGAACUAUCAAUGUGUUAUUUGCAAAACAAAUACGCAUACCACGAAAAGCUGUAAGAGCGACCUACCUGUCGAAGAGAAGAAGCUUAUAUUGAGAAGAGAGGGUAGAUGCUUUCGAUGUACAAACCGUAACCAUAAUUCCAAAUAUUGUAAUGCACAAUGGGUGAAAUGCGACAGAUGUAGUGGUAGACAUAUAUCAGCAAUGUGCGAGCGACAACAACGAAAUGACAAAGAGCGAAAUGAGAAACAACCAAAAAGUAAAUAUAACGGGGAGUCUACAGAAAUAACGAAUGCAGCGGACGCAACAACAUUAAACGCAAUUGAAUUAAAAGAGACUGGUAUUUUUCUCCAAACUGCAAAAGCAAUAAUUAGCGAAGUGAAUAGUGGUCAUAGCGUAAUGUCCAGAAUUAUUAUGGAUAAUGGAAGUCAAAGAACCUAUAUAAGCGAAAAAUUGGCGGAGGUGCUUAAGCUUCCCACCAGUGGUUUUGAGAACGUUCAAAUUAUUGCAUUUGGUGACAAAAAAGCAAAAAGGGCAACUCAAUUGAAAAGUGUAGAAAUUUCAUUACGGAGCCGAUAUAAUGAUAAAGUGCAAAAAAUAAAAGCGAUUGUUGUACCUACUAUCUGUGCUAACAUUUUGCCAGUGCCCAAAUUUAAAAACAAGCAGUUUAGAAACAUCAAAAUAGAAUUAGCAGAUUGUGAAAUAGGCAAGGAGAAAUUAGUUGACGGCAUUAAUGUUUUGAUUGGGCAAGACUAUUACUGGAUAUUUAACUACGGUGAAAUUGAACGGCUACAAGAAAAUUUAGUUGCCAUAAAAACAUUCUUCGGAUGGACUAUUCAAGGAAGUUGUGGUGAGAAAUGUAAUACAGUAGCGUGCAAUUGUGUAGCGAGUGUAGAAAGGUCAAGUGAAGAAUAUUUUGAUAUUGAAAAAUUUUGGAGUUUAGAGUCUAUUGGCAUCAAGAGCUGUCAACUACAACAGAGUAAUCCCUUAGAAGGAACAGUGUUUAAAAUCAGUGAAGUGAAUGGCCGUUACGUAGUGUUUUUGCCUUGGAAAAAUUUAAACGAAAAAUUGAAUAGUAAUAAAGAAAUCGCAGAACAGAGAUUGUACAGUUUAACAAAUAAAUUGUUAAGGGACAAUAAUAAACUCAUUGAAUAUGAUAUAGCGCUUAGGGAUUUAAUACAAAACGGCAUAGCGGAACAGGUAAACGACUCAAACAGUGAAAUAGUGUACUAUAUGCCCCACAAACCGGUUUAUCGUGACGACAAAAUCACUACAAAAACGCGAAUAGUUUUUAACGCAUCUUCUAGCGAACCAGGUGUCUUAUCUUUAAAUGAUCACUUGAAUGCGGGUGACAAUCUCGUAGCAGAUUUGCUGAAAACUCUUUUAAGAUUCCGUUCACAUAAAAUAGCGAUAACUGCGGACAUUGAAAAGGCUUUUCUUCAGAUCGAGGUCCCGGAAAAUGAUCGAGACGCACUCCGAUUUUUAUGGUACGAGCGUACCCCAAUGUGUAAAAUUCGACUGCCAAAAAUCGUUGAAUACCGUAUGACCAGGGUAACGUUUGGUGUAACCUCCAGUCCGUUUUUGCUGGCAGCUACACUUCGUCAUCAUUUAAACAGUUCUCAGCAGGAGUAUGGAGUUAUUUGCGAUAAACUAAAACAAUGCUUUUAUGUAGACGACUUAGUGAUAAGCGAGCGAAGUUUAGAGGAAGCGAAGUUAAUGUAUUUAAAAUCAAAAGAAAUUAUGGCCAAAGCAAGGUUUAAUCUUCGGAAAUGGAACACAAAUGAUCCUGAGCUUAGCGCAUUUUUCCUGACUUAUAACAACGAACAAGCAAUUAGCCAAAAGGUACUUGGCAUAAAUUGGACUACAGCGAACGAUGAGAUUAGCGUCAGCAUUGAGAGCAUUAGCGAGUAUUUGAUGAAUUUGAGACCAACGAAAAGGAAUGUCAUGAAAGCUAUGGCGAAAAUUUAUGACCCUUUGGGAAUGCUAGGCCCAUUUACUGUUCGAAUAAAACUCAUUCUUCAAAAUAUUUGGAAAGAGAACUUGGAAUGGGACGAAGCUCUAAGUGGUGAUAAUAUGAAUGAUUUUCAACACUGGCAAGAAGAAAGAAAAGCUCUGCAUAACUUUAACAUGAGACGAUGUUUAGCAACAGAAAGUGACUCUCAAUACGAAGUUCACAUAUUUGCCGACGCCAGUCCGAAAGCGUAUGGUGCUGUUGCCUACGUGCGCCAACUAACAGCGGCCGGUAUCAUUACAACAAAUUUCAUUUGUUCUAAGAACAGAGUAAGCCCGAUGGAGAAAAGUAAAAAACAGAGUGAACUGACAUUGCCUAAGUUAGAAUUAACAGCAGCGUUAACAGCAGCGAGAUUAAAAAUAUUUUUAGUAGAUGCACUCGACUUCGAAGUGCACAGCGUCACCUUAUGGAGCGAUUCAGCGAUAGCUCUCAACUGGAUUAAUGGGCAAGGAAGACAAAUACCCUAUGUAAAAGCGAGAGUUAGCGAGAUAAAUAACAUAACGAACAUUCAUGAUUGGAAGCAUUGCCGGGGCAGAAAUAAUCCAGCGGACCUCCUUACCAGAGGUAUAAAAGCAAAAGCAUUAGUGGAAUCAGAUCUGUGGAAGUUUGGCCCUGAAUGGUUAGUUGAAGGGGAGUUGCAUUGGCCUUCGGAGUAUAUUUUAGAAAAAUCAACGAGCCUGGUCGCCGAAUCUACAGACAACAAUAAGGGAAGCAUUAUCGAAACUGUUAUUAAACUUGAAAAUUACAGUGAGUUGAAGCGGCUUUUGCGAGUUACAGCGUUUGUUUUCCGAUUUGUUAAAAAUGUUAAACAUAGCGUAAUAAAUAAAAGAAAACACUUAUCAGAACCGUUCAGCGUAAUUAACGAAAUAACUGCGCACGAGUUAAGCAAAGCAGAGUCAUAUUGGAUCAGAUAUGUGCAACGAAAUUAUUAUAAUAGAGAAGUUGUUGCUUUAGAAAGUCAGCGUUCAAUACCUGCUGAUUCAAAAAUUUUGUUGUUGAAUCCAGUUUUAGUCGAUGGUAUUUUGAGGCUUACUAGCAGGUUACCACCUGAGUUGUACGGUAAUUAUAAUCCAAUAAUACUACCAAAACGUUCACAUUUAAGCAGUUUACUUGUUUGGGAAGCGCAUAAGCAAACGAUGCAUGGAGGCAUAAACACGGUCUUAGCUCAUUUACGACAAAAAUUUUGGUUAGUACAAGCGCGUCAGCUCAUAAAAUCUUGCCUCCAUAAAUGUGUUAUCUGCAGACGGCUACGUGGAAAAAGUGCGUCCGAGAAGUGGACAGAAUUGCCACGCGAACGAGUGGAAACAAACAGACCAUUUAAGACUAUUGGAGUCGACUUUGCUGGGCCACUAUAUGUUAAAGAAGAGACUGAAGGCGAUAGGCGAAAAGUUUACAUCAUGCUAAUAACGUGUGCUGCAUUUAGAGCAGUUCAUUUAGAACUCGUCGGAGACUUGACAACUAACAGCUGUAUAAAUGCAUUACGGCGGUUUAUAGCGAGACGUGGUGCACCAGCAACUAUAAUGUCAGAUAAUGCCAAGACAUUUAAACGAGCGGAUUUUGAAUUAAGAAAACUAAACGAUCUUUUGAAUAAUAGCGAGGUUCAGCGGUUAGUAGCGCAUGAAAGCAUAAACUGGAAGUUUAUACCUGAAAGAGCAGCGUGGUGGGGCGGUUUUUGGGAACGCCUAAUAAAGAUUGUUAAAGAUUGUCUGAAGGCGGCCAUAGGAAAAGCGAAUUUGUCCGAAGACGAAUUGACAACACUACUAACUGAAGUGGAAGAUUACAAAAGCGAUGGCUCAUCCUUGGCGAAGUCGUGGCAGCAGCGACAAGCUAUAAUAAAGAGUUGUUUAAUGGGUGACGCGUUAAAAAUCAUAUGUGGGUUUAAAAUAUGUGAUGUUAAUUAUGAAGAUGCUUGGGACCUACUAAAAUCGCGUUAUAAGGUCGUCCGCGUUAUAGUUGCAGGACAUUUUAGAGCUAUGGCCAACGUAAAGAGGGCAGCUAGUGGUACCGCCGACACAAUUAAGGGAGUGAUCGACGCCUUCCAGCAACAUAUACGCGAGCCUAAGGCUUUGGGACGCCCAGUGGAAUUUUGGGACGAUUGGCUAGUGUACGAACUACUCAAUAAAUUAGACUUCGAGACACGAAAGCAAUGGGAGCUAUAA